AUGCCGGGCAAGAGAGGCACGACCUUGCUCGAUCACCUUCCCGAGGACAUCAUCGACAGGAUACUCAUCCGGUUGCCGCCCAAGGACGUCGGCCGCUGCCGUGCCGUCUGCACAUUGUGGCGCAGUGUCACCUCCACGCCUGAAUUUAUGUCCGAACAUCAUCGCAGCCAGCCAUCGCUCCCAAUCAUCGACGGGGACGGGCGGCCAGCCAGCCUUGUCGUCGUCCGCGGUGCCGGUGCGAGAACCACCAAUCAACAGCUCUGGCCUUUCGUACCGGGUUUCAAACACCGUGAUGUGAUUUUUCUUGAAGGCACCUGUGAUGGUUUCAUCAUCGUCUCCGGGAGAUUGAGACAUCAAUUCUACAUUUGCAAUCCAGUCCUUCGCCAGCAUGCUCUCCUACCGCAGCCUCCAUUUGGCCCACUCAUCCACAACUACGUAAUUGGUUUCUACAUGCACUGUCCAACAAAAGAAUACAGGGUGCUCUGGGUCUCAAAAGGCCUUUUUGAAUUCAAUUUAUACGUCCUCACAGUUGGAUCUGACAAGCCGAGGCACAUCAGAGUCAGAAUGCCAACAGUCUCCUCGGUUUCCAUGGAAUGGAAGUUACUGGAGAUGCUGCUCCGUUCAGCGCCAGUACAGCACCAGGGCAAUCUUUAUUGGCGUCCUCCUUACCCUUAUGAUGCCACGCAGAUUACAGGAGAUGGUGAAGACAUUAUUGUAUUUGACACGGAAGUUGAAUCAUUCCGGUGGAUGCAUAGUCCGGCCCAACUGAAUAAUUCUGGUAUGUACCAUGAGGGACAGUUGUUCGACAUGAAGGGGACGCUUGCUUUCUCAGGCUUUUUGUUCAAAAACAACAACACUCUGGAUGUCUGGAUGAUGCAGGAUUAUGAAGCCGAAAUUUGGACCUUUAAGUACCGGAUUGACCUAACGAAAGUGGAGGCAUCACAAAAAUUGAAAUUAACUUCUCUCGAAAGGAAGAGGAAGUCGCCACUUGAUACAGUGAUGAUAUGGUUCAAUGGAAUGGCUGUGCUCAACGAGCAUGAGCUUUUGAUCCAGUUUAAUCAUAAACACAUGUUACACUGCGAUAUUGAUGGCAAGUUCUUAGGAAUGGUAAAGAUUGGAAAGAGACAAUAUCGUAUGAUUCUUACUGGUUAUUGCCUCCAAGAGAGCAUAAUUUCAAUUCCGUCGCAUGAGAAGCUACAACAAGACAAGGACCCUCCAUUCUUCACAAGCCAUGUCUGAACUGAAUGUUCAUGCCGCUUUGCUUUGCCGUUGUAAUGUCUAUCCUCUUUUCUUUACCCCUCACUAGAUGACUCGUUGCGCCAAUGGCGCAAAGGGCGAGAGGGAGACAACUAUUGUGAGAAUAUUCAGACACCCAAGUCUUUACUAUUGGUACAUAGAUGAUUAGUUACAAUGUGGUACACAAAGGAAGUAGAUAGGAAGGGAUAGACUAUUAGCUUAUGAAAACCAAACGUGGCCAACACUGCCGCAUCCUCUGCUUGGAAGCCGCCUUUUCUCACCGGAUCUAACAUAGAUACAUGAUCACAAAAGGAAGCAAGACCAUCAUAUAUAAUGGUCUACUUACUCAUUCAGGUUAGUGAUCAGGUGGCUGGAACCGCAAAGUAUAAUGGGGCUUGACGGACAAUAAAAA